GGCUCGAGAUAAAGGGCCCAGCUUAAAACUGCAGAGGGCUGGAAGGCAGUCAGAAGGGACCACAAUGCUCAGUGUCCUCCUCCUCCUUGCUCUCCUCACAGGACUCUUGCUUCUCCUGGCCAGGGACCACCCAAAGGCACAUGGCCGCCUCCCACCAGGCCCACGUCCUCUGCCCUUCUUUGGGAACCUUCUGCAGAUGAGGAGAAGAGGCCUACUAAAAUAUAUCCUGCAGCUCCGACAAAAAUACGGGGAUGUCGUCACGGUGUACCUGGGGCAAAGGCCUGUGGUCAUGCUCUGUGGGAUAGACACCAUUCGGGAGGCCCUGCUGGGCCAAUCUGAGGCCUUCUCUGGUCGGGGGAAAAUUGCCGUUCUUGAUCAAACCUUCCAGGGAUAUGGUGUGAUCUUUUCCAAUGGGGAAUGCUGGAAGACCCUUCGGCAAUUCUCUUUGGCCACCUUGAGACACUUUGGGAUGGGCAAGCAGAGUGUGGAGAAGCUGAUUCAGGAGGAGGCUCAGUGUCUGGUGGAGGAACUGCAGAAAUCCCAGGGAGUGCUCCAGGACCCCACUUUCUUCUUCCACUCCAUCACCGCCAACAUCAUCUGCUCCAUUGUCUUUGGAAAACGCUUUGCCUACAGAGAUCCUGAGUUCCUGAAGCUUCUGGACUUGUGCUACCAGUCCUUCUCGCUCUUGAGCUCCUUCUCCAGCCAGGUGUUUGAGUUCUUCUCCGACAUCUUGAAGUACUUACCUGGUGCACACAGGCAAAUCUACAGAAACCUGGAGGAAGUCAAAGUCUUCAUUGGUCGCAGUGUGGAGAAGCACAGGGAGACCUUGGAACCCAGCAACCCACGGGACUUCAUCGAUUCCUACCUGCUCCGCAUGGACGAAGAGAAAUCGGACCCGAACAGUCAGUUCCACGAACAGAACCUCACCAUCACUGUUCUCUCACUCUUCUUCGCGGGUACCGAGACCGUCAGCACCACUCUUCACUAUGGAUUCCUGAUCCUGCUCAAAUACCCCCACAUCACAGAGAGAGUCCACAGAGAGAUUGAUCAAGUGAUUGGCUCACAUCGGCUUCCGGUCCUCGAUGACCGAACCAAAAUGCCAUCUACUGACUCAGUCAUUCAUGAGAUUCAGAGAUUCGGGGACCUCCUCCCCUUGGGCGGGCCCCACGUGGUCACCGAAGACACUGAAUUCCGAGAGUACUUCAUCCCAAAGGGCACUGAAGUAUUUCCCAUCCUGAGCUCUGCUCUCCAAGACCCACGUUACUUUGAAAGCCCACACACCUUCAACCCUGACCACUUUCUGGAUGCUGAUGGGGCACUAAAGAAGAAUGAAGCUUUUAUCCCCUUCUCCCUAGGGAAGCGCAUUUGUCUUGGCGAAAGCAUCGCCCGCAUGGAAUUAUUCCUCUUCUUCACCACCAUCCUCCAGAAUUUCUCCCUGGACAGCCCCGUGGCCUCUGAGGAUAUUGACAUCACACCCCAGGAGGAUGGACUGGGCAGGGUGGCCCCAAACUACCAAAUCCGCUUCUUGUCCCGCCGAGAGGGUUAAAGGAAGGGGUCAAAGGAUUCCAGGGUCAUGAAGUAUCCCCACCUCUGCAGGGAACGCUCCCUGACUCUCCACGUUUUCUUGUAUCUGAGAAAUCUGCUCCAAGCCAGUAUCCAUCCCCCUCCUUGGUUGCCACCUCCAUGUAGUCUCAUCUCCUUCCGUCAUGCUGUAGCUCUUCUGAAUACUCAAGGAGGUUUUUCCUUUCCUCUGGAAUUCCAGGAGUGGUAUGUAUACAGAAACUGGAGGCUGAAAGGGGAAACUCAACUCAGGAUUUCUCUACAGUUCUGCCACCCAGGCCACAGCUCACCUUGAGUGACUUCUCCCUUCUCAGAACAACCACAGCCUCCAUUUAUCAACUCCGUGCUCCAUGAGCUGUGCAGAUACGAUCUCUCUUGAAUCUCUCAAUGGCCCCACGUGGUGGGUACAACGAUCAUGUCUAUCGUAUAGAUGAGUAAACAGAGGCUGCGCAUAGGUGUCAAUUGUCCGAGGUCACAUGGCUAGUGAGUGGAGAACCAAGAUUCACACUCUAUCUUCCUGGCUAUAGAACUCAAACUCUUUACUAACGCUCCCUCCCCAUAUGUUUUUAAAUUAAAGUGAAAUUCACAGAACAAAACAAAAAAAAAAUCAAGAAUUUUAAAGAACUUAAUUUAGUGCUUUCUAUGUCUCUGGAUUUGCCUUUUCUACAUAUUUUAACAUAAUGGAAUCACAAAAUAUGUGAUCUUUUGGUGACUGGCUUCUUUCACUUAGAGGGAUAUUUUUGAGGUUCAUCCAUGUUGUGCCCCACCAUAGUCCUCCUGCCUCCUCAUCUUACUGCCUUUCCUUUUUCUGUCCAACAUGAAAAAGUGUGUCCUCAGCCCACGGCUCCCUGAUCUGUGUGAUUAUAAACUGGUGCCUUGGAUUCCCAGAUAUUCCCCUUGAAGUCCUCUGAGACUCAAAAAAACAUCCAAAGCCUGACAUAUCUGGGUCAGGUGGUGAUCUGUGCCAUUUCACGUGUGACCCAUUUAUUGUCGGGUCACAAGGGAUCUUUCCAGAAGCUGAAUACUUCUCCUUUCACCUCAAUGCCAGCUCCAUGAAUGCAAACCUGUUGUCUUGUUCAUUACUGUUCUGUCAGCCCAUGGAGCAGUGUGUGGCAUAUAAUAAAUGUUCAAAACAAUC